AUGUCUAGUAUCUAUAAAUUAUCGAUUAAAGGUAUAAGAGCAUUUGAACCAGAAAAUGAUGAAACUAUUCAAUUUGGAUUUCCAUUAACUUUAAUCUGUGGUCAAAAUGGUUGUGGUAAAACUACAAUUAUCGAAUGUUUAAAAUAUGCAACAACUGGUAAUUUACCACCAAAUUCAAAAGGUGGUGCAUUUGUUCAUGAUCCAAGUUUAAGUUCAAGAACUAUUGUAAAUGGUCAAGUUAAAUUAGCAUUUAAAAAUGUAAAUGGUAAAUCUAUGAUUACUACAAGAUCAGUUCAAGCAUCAAUGAAAUCAGCAAGAACAACAACUACAAGUGGUGCUAUAACAUUUAAAACUAUGGAAGGUCAAUUAUCAUUAAUUGAACGUGGUGAAAAGAUUUCAAUUUCAUCAAAAACUGCUGAAUUAGAUUCUCAAAUUCCAAUUUAUUUAGGUGCUUCAACUUCAAUUUUAGAUAAUGUUAUAUUUUGUCAUCAGGAUGAUAGUUUAUGGCCAUUAAGUGAACCAGCAGUAUUGAAAAAGAAAUUUGAUGAUAUUUUUGAAGCUUCAAAGUUUACUAAAGUCUUGGAUCAGUUGAAAACGAUUAAAAAAGAUAUGACUAAUGAUAUAAAAUUUAUUGAGCAAAGUGUACAACAUUUAAAAGUUGAUAGAGACAGAGCUAAGAAAGUUGAAGUUAGAUUAAAAAGUAUGAAUGAAUCAGUUGAUAAAUUUACAACUGAAAUUAGUGAAUUAAACUUGAAAAUUGAAGACAAAGAAAAACAAGCAGAACAAUUAUUUGCAUCGAAUCAAGAAUUUCAAAAAACUUUAAGCGACUAUGAAAACUUACAAAUGAAAAAGAAACAGAUUGAAGAACAAUUGGAAAGAACAAAACAAACAAUUGAAAUUUUACAUGAAUCAGAUGAAGAAUUAUUAAUCAAACAGGAAAAUUUUGCAUCUUUAACUAUGAAAAAGCAAGAAAAGAUUGAUCAAAUGAAUAAAGAUAGUGAUUCAAUAAAUAAGGAUUUGAAACAAAAGACAAAUGACUAUAAUGAGUUGAUUAGACUUGAUGGGUCAUUAAAGAGUAAAAAAUCAGAAUAUGAGACAAAUUUGGAAACUAUUGCUAAAAUAAUUAAUGAACAUGCUGAAAGUUUAAAUGUCAACUUAUCAAAUGAUACCAGUACAAAUAUAUUAAAAUUUAAACCUGUUUUGGAAAAGACGUUUAAGUCAAAAAUUAAUUCACAAAAGAAAUUAAUCAAUGAUAAUAAAUCAGCUGAGACUGAAAAACAAUCAAGUUUACAAGAAUCAAUUAAUGCAAUUUCAAGAGAAGAACAACAUCAAGAAUAUACAUUUAAAGAUAUUGAGAAUUAUAAACAAAAGUUAACCACCCUUAAAAAGAAAGUAGUAGCUGGUGAUAAUGAUGAAAUUGAAUUAGAAUCUAAGAGAUCUGAGUUAGAACACACUCAAAACCAAUUACAAACAAAAAAGAACUUAGAUGAAGUAAAAGAUUUAGAUUCAAAAAUCAUUGAUGCAAAUUCAGAAAUUUCAAAAUUAGAAUUUAGUUUAGAUGAAUUAUCCAAAAAAUUAACUGCAAGUAAUAAACAAUCUGAUUUAAUAUUAAGAGUCACAUUUUUACAAGAAUCUACAAAAAGUAAAAGUGAAAAAGUUGAUAAAUUGACUAAAUCGAUAAAUGAUGAUUUUAAAAAAGUCGUUGGAAAUGAUGUUAAUAAUGAAAGUGAAAUACAAUUGAAUGAAAAAUUGUCAAUCCUUGAAACUGAUCUAGAUAGUCAACAAAAGAAAGUCAUGUCAUUAAAAGGUGAUUUAGAAUCGAAUAAGAAAACUAUUAAAUCUAUUAAUAAAGAGCAUGAAGAAAAUGAGAAUAAAUUUGAAUCUUUAAAACAAGAAAUUACAAAAAUUAUUGAAGAAUCUGAAAUUGAAGAUUAUGAAAAUAUAGUACAAGAUUUAGAAGAAAGUUUUAGAAAUGUACAAGAAGAUUUAAAUACUUCAGAAGUUACUAAAGAUUUUAAAAAUUCAGCACUUGAAUUGGCGAAUAAAAGUAAAUGUUGUUUAUUAUGUAAAAGAUCAUUUGAUAGUGACGGAUUAGAAAAAUUUAUUAUCGAAUUAAGGAAAAGUGUUGAUGAGACUAAAAUUCAAGAGAUUAAAAAUCAAGCAAACGAUAUCAAAAAGGAAUUGGAUGAUACAAAGGCAAUAAAUUUAAAAGUUAUCCAAUACAAAGAAUGUAUACAUCAAUCCAAAGAAUUAAAAUCAAGAUUGGAAGCUUUACAAAAACAACAAACUAAAUUUAAUGAUACCUCUAAACAAGAACAAAGUAAAUUAGAUACAAUGAAACAAGAUUUAAAUUUUACAUUGCAAUUGAAAAAACCAAUAUCUGAUAUUACAAGACUUAAUUCAGAAAUUCAAGAAGUUAAUGGUCAAAUUGAUGAAAUUAAUGAAGAUUUAAGUGGAUUUGGUACUAUUGUUCUUUCAAUUACUGAAUUACAAAAACAACAACAAGAUACAAAUAGUAAAAUUAAAGAAUUAAGAACAAAUUUAAAUGAAUAUACUGAAGAAAAAUAUAAAGUUCAAAGAGAAAUUCAAAGAUUGGAAAAUAAAAUUAAAGAUACAAAAUUACAAAUUAGUAAUCUAGAAAAAUCAUUAGCUGAAAUAACAGCUGUUAAAUCUUCUAUAACUGAAAAUGAAAGAUUGAUACAAGAAGCUGAAAUUAAAUUAAAAACUAUACGAUCUACAUUGGAAGAUUUACAAACAACAAAAGAUGAGAGACAAAAGGCAUAUAAAGAUGUACAAAAGAGAAAUCGUGAACUGGAAGAGAAAAUGCAAGCUGAAGUUCUAUCAAUUCAAGAAUUAUCUGGUAAAUUUAACUCGAUAAAUGAAUCAAUUAUCCAUUAUGAAACUAAUUUACGAUCAAAAUUAGAAGAAAAUACAAUUCAAAUGAAUUCAGUAACUAAAGAAAUUGAUACGUUAAAUAAGAAAUUAUCUGAAAAUUCAACAAAGAUCAAAUCAUUAGAAAAAGAAGUUAUGGAUGCAUCAAGAAUUGAACAUAAUAUAUUAGCAAAUAUAGAUUAUAGAACUCAAAUUAAUAAUUUAGAUGAAACUGAUUUUCAAUUGAAUGCAAUAGAUAUUAGUGAUGCACAAACUCAAAAACAACAAUAUCAUGAAAAUUCCAAAAAAUUAAGAGAAGAAUUAUCUGAAUUAACAUCUGAACAUGCUGGAAAAAUAGGUGAGGUUAAACAAAUCAAAGAUCAAAUAGCAACACUUAAAAAAGAAUUAGAAACUGAAUAUAAAGAUGUUAAUAAAAAUUAUCAUGAAGAAUGGAUUAAAUUACAAACUAAUAUGUUAGUUUCAAAUGAUAUACAAAGCUAUUCAAAAGCUUUAGAUAAUGCAAUUAUGAAAUAUCAUAGUAUUAAAAUGGAAGAUAUUAAUAGAAUUUUAAAUGAAUUAUGGUCACAAACAUAUAAAGGGUCCGAUAUUUCAACUAUUGCAAUUAAAAGUGAUGUUAAUUUACAAGCUAAAGGUAAUAGAUCAUAUAAUUAUCGAGUUGUAAUGGUUAAAGAUUCAAGUGAAUUAGAUAUGAGAGGUAGAUGUUCAGCAGGUCAAAAAGUUUUAGCUAGUAUUCUAAUUAGAUUAGCUUUAGCUGAAUGUUUUGGUGCAAAUUGUGGUAUGAUUGCAUUAGAUGAACCAACUACAAAUUUAGAUAAUGAAAAUGCCGAGGCAUUAGCAGCUGCAUUAAACAAAAUUAUUGAAUAUAGAAAACAACAACUGAAUUUUCAAUUGAUUGUAAUUACUCAUGAUGAAAAAUUUUUAACUCAUAUUCAAGGUGAUAGAUUUACUGAUCAUUUUUAUAGAAUUCAAAGAGAUGAAAAAAGUAAAUCAAGAAUUUAUAGUUUACCUAUUGAUAGAAUUGAAGAAGGUUAA